GAGGCUGAGAUCCAAUGGGCGCGCGACGCACCACUCCUUCUGUUUCAAACGCUCCAUCAAGCUCAAACCCCUCGCGCCAUGUUGGUGUCGCCGCCGCCGCCGCCGUCGUGAGCGUCCAGUCUCUAUUACCUCUUCCACAGUGAGCCUGUCACUCCCUUGACAGUCCAUUCUCGUCGCUCUCUCGCCAUCUGUAUCUCCAUUUCUUUUGGGUCCCUUUGUACCCGUCGCAGUCGCUAUACACACAGGUUCACGCUGGUCGUGCCUGCCUACGCUCCCUCUAUCGCGGUACACUGUUCUACCGCACAUUCGAAUAUUCCAGGAUAGGCUGUUUGGGUUUCUUUUGCAAAAAUGUUGGGUUUCCACAGGAGAACGCGGUCACUGAUCCCAGUGAAGGAUCUAGGCAAAUACGACAAGGUGUCGAUGGUCGAAGAGGAGGAACAAGAAGUCGAGGAAGAGAUGGAUAGUCAAGAUAUACCGGAUGGUGCGGAUAAGUCGCAAAGAGGGCAACUGGUCCUGGUUUACCUCAUCUUCUUCGCUGAAGCCAUCAUGGCGUCGAGCCUGCAGCCACAACUCCAAAUGCUCCUCUCAUCUUCCGAUUACUGCGGCACUCUAUCUUCAUCCUACCUCCGAAGCAUACUCGACUGCGCAUACGCAUUCGGCGGAACCACAGGCCUCUUUUGGGGCUACCUCGCGGAUCGCAUGGGUAGACGGCGUGUCACCUUCAUCGGACUCUGGAGCAUGUUUUUCUGCUGCUUAUGCAUGGGAUUUGCGACCACACUUGUUGGCUGCACCAUUUUCCGAUUCAUUGCAGGCAUGGUCAGUUCGGCCAUUGUAUGCACAACCCUGACCAUGCUCGGAGAUUUGAGCGCAACAGCAGAGGAACGAGCAAAGAAUGUCGCUCGACUCCCCGUCAUUUCCCUCGGCGGCUCCAUGGGUCCAAUUAUGCAGCUCAUGGUCUCGGAAAGUCUGCAAGCAUACAACAUGGUAUGGCAAAACUACCCCACCCUGGGCUCGGAGCUGGCUUGUGGAAUCGUCGUGUUCGUCAUCGCACUCGUGGCGAGCGUUUUCCUAAAGGAGACGCUACCUCACCACAACGAGCGCACAGCAGACGCUGCAGACAUAGACUGUGAGAGGGCAGCUUUCCUCCGCCGCGACUCGCACGACACAAACGUAACGCUCGUGGACUUUGCUCGCCCAGAACCCAUCACCAUCAGCCAGUUCCUCCAGGCACCCUCCCUUAUGGUUCUUCUAUCCUCCUUCUGCCUCCUAUCCCUCCAUGCAUCAACCUUUGACGUCGUCCUCCCCCACCUCGGUCACAGCAGCACCGAAUCCGGCGGCAUGGGCCUACCCUGCGAAUGGCUCAACAUCAUCGUCCUCGGCGUACGUGGCCUCGCCGGCGCCGUCGUCUUCUACGCCGUCCCAUGCGCAGCCUCCAAGCACGGCCUCGUCAAGCUCUACCGCUCUCUCUCCGCCCUCCUCCCCGCAACAUACAUCCUGACUCCCUUCCUCGCCGCCGUCGUCACCUGCUCCGGCUUCGGCCCCAUCAUCUCCACCUUCUCCAUCUUCGCAAAACACCUCCUCACCGACGCCGCCGUAGUCGUCGUCUCCCUCCUCGUCCUCAACACCACCCCCGACGCCUUCUCUGCGGGUACCGUCGUAGGCAUGAUGCAAGUCGCCAGUCUCUUCAAGGCCUUCGCCGUCGCCGUCAGCGGCACCACCUACUACUUUAGCGACGACGUCAGCGUAGAUACUACCAACCUCGCCCUCUGGACUUGUCUCGCCCUCUUUGGUAUUGCGGGUGCGGGCCUCGCUUGGUUCGUGCGUGAGCGGCCCAGCGUAGAAAAGGAUUUCCCAAGCGAAGUUCUGUGCUGGGAGACGUGCUUCGAUGCUGAUGCUGAGAAGCAAUUCGAGCUGGAGAAUACGGAUGUUGAGUCUGAUGGGGAGAGUGUAUAGGUUUCCACGCUUACCACAACUCAUUCACUCUUUUUUUUGUGCGUGUGUGUUUCUGAUUUGCUCACUCACUUUCAUUCAUUUUAUAUAUGGAAGUCUCUAUGGCGUGGGCUCUUUUGUUUUUUUAUUGAGUCUAUUUUGUUUUGUUCCUGUUUCUGUUGUUUUUUUUGCGUAGUUACCCCCUCUUUUCUUUUCGUGUUUGUUUUGUUAGUCCAACUUGUUUCUUUGCGUCAGGAUUUUCUUUUUUUUAGACAUCACUCGUCGUAUCUCGCGCUAGAUAGCUGACUUGGAGGGGAUGUGUGUACAACAAUUCAUUAAAGUUCUCGUCAUACUUCCGUGCCAC